AUGCUCUCCCAGUCAGCCAUGCUGCUGGGUGGCCUCCUCCUCAUGGUGGCCACCACAAUUGCAGCUCAACGGAGGGGCCAGGAGGCAGGGGGGCGCCGCAGAGCGCACCGGGUCCAGCACGGCCAGUGCAGCUACACCUUCGUGCUGCCAGAGCCUGAGCCCUGCCCGCUGGAGCCUGAGACCUUUGGGGGCCCCAACAGCCUCCAGAGGGACUCGCCGGCUGCUGCACUGCACCUGGGGGACUGGCCAACUCAGCGGGUGCGGCAGCUGGAGAGGGUGCUGGAGAACAACACACAGUGGCUGCAGAAGCUAGAGAGGUACGUCCAGAUGAACUUGAGGUCGGAGCUGGCGCAGGCCCAGCAGCACAUGGUACAGAACCAGACGGCCACCAUGCUAGAGCUGGGCACCAGCCUCUUGAACCAGACCACCGCCCAGACCCGCAAGCUGACCAACGUGGAGGCUCAGGUCCUCAACCAGACAUCCCGCAUGGAGAUCCAGCUGCUAGAGACCUCCCUGUCCACCAACAAGCUGGAGAAGCAGCUGCUGCUGCAGGGCCACGAGCUGCACCGGCUGCAGGGCCAGAACAGCGCGCUGGAGACGCGGGUGCAGGCUCUGGAGACGCAGCAGCAAGCGGAGCUGGCCAGCCUCCGCGGCGAGAAGGAGCGGCUGCGGCGCCUGCUGGGCCGUCAGAGCGGCGCCCUAGCCGGCCUCGAGCGCAGCCUGCGCGCCGCCAGCAGCAACUCCAGCCUCCUGCAGCGCCAGCAGCGCCAGCUGCUGGAGUCGGUGCAGCGCCUGGUGAGCGCGGUGGCCCAGGGCCCGGCCUCCAUGAGGGCAGCUGAGCAGGUGUUUCAGGACUGUGCAGAGAUCCAGCGCUUCGGGACCAAUGCCAGUGGUGUCUACACCAUCCAUGUGGGCAACAUGACAGAGCCCAGGAAGGUUAGGAGGCCCCCUGGGGACCGAGGCUGCCACAGCAUGCUGACACAAAGAAGGGUCAAAGGGAGUGUGGAUGUCCAGAGGGAGGAAAAAGAUAUCCGCAAGGGCUUCGGCGACCCAGCCGGGGAGCACUGGCUGGGCAAUGAGGUGGUGCACCAGCUCACCAGCGGGGCAGCCUACUCUCUGCGUGUGGAGCUGCAAGACUGGGAAGGCCACGAGGCCUACGCCCAGUAUGAGCAUUUCCAGCUGGGCAGCGAAGGGCAGCUCUACAGGCUUUCCCUGAGCGGGUACAGCGGCUCAGCAGGGCGCCAAAGCAGCCUGGUCCUGCAGGGCACCAAGUUCAGCACACGCGACGCGGACAAUGACAACUGCCUCUGCAAGUGUGCCCAGAUGCUGUCUGGAGGGUGGUGGUUUGACGCCUGUGGCCUCUCCAACCUCAAUGGCAUCUACUACCCAGCUCGCCACCACGUGCGCAAGCUCAACGGCAUCCGCUGGCACUACUUCCAGGGCCCCAGCUACUCGCUGCGUGCCACUCGCAUGAUGCUGCGGCCCGUGGGUGUCUAACAAGCAGACACGCCCCAAGGCCGGACCACACAGGAAGAGCCUGGACAGCAGGACCCAAACACAGGACACGGUGCCAAGGUUUUGUUCUGGACACCCUGGGUCUCUGGAGCCAGCCUCCUUGUCCCACAAGUCCAGAAGAGUCACCUGCCACCCUGCUGCCUUCAGUCAGUGACGCAGUGGGUCUUUGGGAGCCCCUGCCUCCACAGUACACCUCACCCCUUUUCCCUCCUGCUUCCUGCAAGGACUUCGUGCCAGCUUCAGAGUCAUAAUACUCUCAAUGAGCUGAGAACAGGUCCAACUUGGCUCCUCAAAGAACACUGGGAUCGCAAGCAGGUGGGAAGGUAUUUGCAGGCAGGAAGCCAACCAGGUGAAAGCCCAGAUCCUAUCUCUGGGGUUGGUGAGAAAGCCAUCUCCCCUUCCAAGCUCCUGUUCUAAGCCUUCCUACACUUGAGAUGUCCUUGGACAUUCUUUUCAAGGCUGAAGGGGCUACAGCCACCCCCUAAUUGGUGGAUUAAUCAUGAUCUCCCCUCCAACCUCCCACACUCCUAGGCUCUAAUGUCUGGAGCUCAGGGGUUUCAGGAGA